UGCGGUUGCCAGGGCGCGAACAGAUACAGUUUUCGAUCCGAUACGCGUUUUUUUUCGGUAUCACCAUGAUCACGCCGCCGUUGUCUGGAUUGGUGGUUUCGGGUGCUUUGCUGGUGACCCUGGCCUUGGUGGUCAAUGGAUCUGUGACCCAAAGGGAGCGCUCCUUGCGCCUGCCCAAUGAAACAUAUCCGCUGUUCUACCAACUGCACAUAUCCAGUGAUAUUCACAUGGGCACUCUACUCUUCAGCGGAAAUGCCACCAUUGACGUAGCCAUCCGGCGGUCGACGAACGAGAUAGUGCUGCACGCCAACAACCUGUCCGAUAUUCAGAUUACUGUCCACCGGGUGACGGACAUAGGAUUAGAGCUCGUCGACGAUCUUACACAUACAGUCCAUCAGUCGGGAUCUUAUCUCAUCAUUCACCCAACAGAGAAUUACCAGGCCUUCGAACAGGGUCAACUAUAUCGCCUAGAGAUUCUGUACACUGCCAUUAUGACGUCUCGUCCCUCGGGUCUUUACUACAUGGAUUACAGGGAUGAGGAAAAUAACAGGACCGUAUACAUAGCAGCCACGCAAUCGGAACCAACAUAUGCUCGCCUAAUCUUUCCCUGCUACGAUGAGCCGGGUUUCAAGUCGAACUUUAGUAUAAGGAUAACACACGGCAGCAGCCAUUCGGCUAUAUCCAAUAUGCCAGUCAAGGAAAUACUCUCUCAUGGAGACUUAAAAACCACUUUGUUUCAUACAACACCGCCAGUUUCUUCGUACCUUGUAGCAUUUGUAAUCUCCGAUUUUGACAGCAUUACUGAGACCUAUCGAGGGGUCACUCAAAGUAUAUACUCCCCGCCAACUACCAAAGAAAAGGGUUACAAUGCCCUGAGAAAUGCAGUCAGAACGGUGGCUGCUUUUGAGGAUUACUUUGGUAUUUCCUAUUCCUUGCCAAAAUUGGAUCACGUGGCCUUGAAGAAAAACUAUGGAGCUGCCAUGGAGAAUUGGGGUUUGAUCACUUACAAGGACAGCAAUUUGCUGCAGAACGGUUUAAAGGACUUGCGCCAUCCGAUGUCGGACAAGAUUACGCAGAACCAUGAGAUCGCUCACCAGUGGUUCGGGAAUUUGGUUUCGCCGGAGUGGUGGACAUACACCUGGAUGAACGAGGGAUUUGCCACAUACUUUAGCUAUGUGAUCACUGAUUUGCUUUACCCCAAACAAAACAUGAUGGAGGUGUUUAUGGAACAUGAGGCUGAUAGUGCCUACAGCUAUAACAGCUUCAAUGACGUCCGUCCAAUGUCCCAUUAUGUGGAGGGUGACAAGGAUAUCAUUAAUGUUUUCGACAUCAUUUCCUAUAAGCGUGGAGCAUGCGUGAUCAAGAUGUUCCACCAUGCAUUCCGGCAGAAACUAUUCGUGCGUGGCAUAACCCAUUUUCUGGAAAAAUAUCGUUACAGUGUGGCCAACGAGCUGAAUCUAUUCGAUGCACUGCAAGCAGAGCUCCAGGAGGAUGAGUACUUCAGCCACCAGCCGUGGGCAUCUAAGAUAAGGGAGAUCAUGCUCUCCUGGACACACAGCGAAUGGAUGCCCAUUGUAAUGGUGACGAGGAAUUAUGAGAACAACACUAUAACCUUUAGCCAGCGUUCGGUUCACCAUAAGGAUGAACUCUGGUGGAUACCAAUCAACUUUGCCACUGCCAAGUCACCAACAUUCGAUGACACUCAAGCGGAAAUAUUCAUGCCGCCGCAAACUGAAUACACCGUGGCACUGGAAGAUCUGAAUAUGGAGCUUAGUGGCAAGGAUUGGAUAAUAUUGAACAAACAAGAGACGGGCUUCUAUCUCGUCCAUUACGAUACGGAUAAUCUAAUGGCCAUUGCCAGGCAGCUGCAGACCAAUCAUUCGGUCAUCCAUAAAACCAAUCGUGCCGGUCUCUUCCGGCACCUUAAACCCCUCAUCGAACACAAUGAAAUCGAGCAGGUGGAUGUGGUGUUUGAAAUGCUAAAAUAUCUUGAGUUCGAGGAGGAUAUACUGACCUGGAACCAAGUAGCAGAUUCCAUCGGUUGCUUAAGUAAAAAUCUAUAUGGAACAUCCUCUCAGAGGCUUUUCAACGAGUUCGUACGUCACCUGGUCAGUCCCAUUUUUAAGGGCGUCUACUUGGAUCAGACUUCAAAUACUCCCCUGGAUACGGCCAAUGGAAUCCUUAAUUUGGCCUGCUCAGCGGAUCUGCCAGAGUGCCUGGAAUACACACGCAACCUGGCCAUGGAGUAUAUCAUCAAUAAAACGAAUCUAACAACGGAAUCGGAAUACUAUGGCACAGGGGAUACGGUUUUAUGUCUGGGAGUGCGUUACCUUAGCGAUCACGACUUCCAUAGAGUCAUCGAGUUGCUGCAAGAGGCAGAUCGGGAAUCGAUGUACUAUGAAGACAUAAUAUAUGCCCUCCGGUGCACGCAAAGUCAUCGCCAUCUAUUAUACUAUAUGGAAGUCCUGCUGAGCAAGAACUCCACGCACAUUAUGCUUUCCGAGAACGAUAUGAUGUAUCUUCUUUACGUUUACAAAUCAAAUCUGGCAUCAAGACCGGUCAUCUGGCAGUAUAUCGAACGCAACUACAGGAUGCUCUGCCGAUCACCGAACUUCUUUGAGCAUCUUAAACAGCUUGCUGGAUUUGUACCUCGCCAUCAGAGGCCACAUUUUUUGAGAUUACGCCAGACCAUUGCUACUCAUAUAAAGAUGGAAGGUAUUACUCCAAAUACGGAGCUGAUCGAGCCCGAUUCACCACUGGUUGGCAAAAAGGUGAAGAUCACCGAAACAUUCCAGGAUAAGUUCGAGCAGCAGAUACACGAUUGGCUGCUUGGGGAGUUUCCUCAGUCGUCCAGUAAAAGUGAUGCUAUUUUGGCCGCCUCCCUCGGUGCGACAAACGGAUCAAGCCGAUCCCAGGGAAUCCUGAAUGAGGCAACUCGAAUGUUGCGAUCUGCGUUACAAAUAGCCGAUUUGUAUAGGUGAUCACUCUGGUUUCUAAAAGAGACUACAUAAGUACAAGCUUAAUUACAAAUAAAUUAAUUUUUAAAGAAAACCAA